UGAGACUCUGGGAGCGACCACCCCAACCGAGGGACGGCCUCUUGGAACUUCCUUCUCCUGAGGAGUGUGACACAGUUAAAAAGGAAAAAAAAAAAAGAGCCACAAGCAACACAGUUGCCAAUGAAAUAGGAGAGGGAUUGCUUUCAAAAGCACGUGGGGCUGUCACUGGACUCUCUGAGCUCAUCCACGGGACAGGAGCGCAAGGCCAUGGAGUAGAACCUCAGCGUGGGUCUAAGAAGAGACAGAAAUGGCCCAAGAAGUCAGCCUGAAUUCCCUCCGGGAAUCAGAACGCGAGGUGAUCCUCCGGGUCCUGUACCGGGACCGGGAGGUUCAAAACAUCGAGGAGGAAAGGAUACGGAAACUGAAGACACACUUGCAGCAUCUCAGGUGGAAAGGCUCGAAGAGCGGGAGCCAGGAGUACCAACAGAAGUCCUGUGCCCGCUGCCAGCAGGCCCUGGGGCUCCUGCUGAACCGGGGGGCCGUGUGCCAGGGCUGCAGCCACCGCGUGUGCGCCAAGUGCCGAGUGGUCCUGAGGACGACCCGCGCCUGGAAGUGCACCGUGUGCUUCGAGGACAGAAACGUGAAAAUAAAAACUGGAGAAUGGUUCUUUGAGGAACGAGCCAAGAAAUUUCCAACUGAAGGCAAGCACGAGACAGCUGGAGCAAAGCUCUUGCAAUCUUAUCAGAAGCUGAGCAAAAUUUCCGUGGUUCCUCCUACUCCACCCCCUCUCAGUGAAAGCCGGUGCAGCGGCAGCCCUGGCAGGUUCCAGGAACUUGGUCAGUUCAAAGGAUUUAAUAAGUCUGUGGAAAAUUUGUUUCUGUCUGUUACCGCCCACAUGAAAAAACUCUCCAAGUCGCAGAAUGACAUGACCUCUGACAAGCAACGCCCAGCUGUGGGUCCCAGGCAGUGCGAGGGCCGGUCGGAGAGGAGGAGCCAGUCUGACACCGCGGUCAACGUCACCACCCGGAAGGUCAGCGCACCAGCUAUUCUGAAACCUCUUAAUCAAGAGAGUCCCAAAUGCCCUACUAGCCCUGUUUUGAAGCAAGAGGAUAUCUCAUCCAGUCCAGCGCCCAACACUUUAUUCUCAGGAGGCUUGAGACACGGAAGUUUAAUUAGCAUUAACAGCACUUGUACAGAGAUGGGCAAUUUUGACAACGCUAAUGUCGCUGGAGAGAUAGAAUUUGCCAUUCGCUACUGCUUCAGAACUCAUUCUUUAGAAAUAUGCAUCAAGGCCUGUAAGAACCUUGCCUAUGGGGAGGAAAAGAAGAAAAAGUGCAAUCCGUAUGUAAAGACCUAUCUGCUGCCUGACAGAUCCUCCCAGGGAAAACGCAAGACUGGAGUCCAAAAGAACACGGUGGAGCCGACCUUUCAGGAGACCUUGAAGUACCAGGUGGAGCCUGCCGAGCUGGCGACCCGGCAGCUGCGGGUGUCUGUGUGGCACCUGGGCACGCUCGCCCGGAGGGUGUUUCUUGGAGAAGUGGUCAUCCCUCUGGCCACGUGGGACUUUGAGGACCGCACGACCCAGUCUGCCCGCUGGUAUCCGCUCCAGGCCAAGGCAGAGAAAGACGAAGACAGCGUUCCCACGAAUAACGGAGAGCUUGUAGUCCGGGCCAAACUGGUCCUCCCUGCAGGGCCCAGAAAGCUCCAGGAGGCUCAAGAAGGGACGGGAGAUGAGCCAUCACGUAACGGUCAGCUCUGUUUGGUGGUGCUGGGAGCCAAGAAUUUACCUGUGCGCUCAGAUGGUACCUUAAACUCAUUUGUUAAGGGCUGUCUCACUCUGCCAGACCAGCAGAGGUUGAGACUGAAGUCCCCCGUCCUGAAGAAGCAAGCCUGUCCCCAGUGGAAGCACUCCUUCGUUUUCAAAGGGGUCACCCCUUCUCAGCUGAGGCAGUCCACCCUAGAAUUAACCGUUUGGGACCAGGCCACCUUCGGUGUGAACGACCGCUUGCUGGGAGGCGCCAGGCUUGGUUCCAAGGAAGAGCCAGCGGGCGGCACAGACUCGUGCUCACAGUUAAAGCUCCAAUGGCAGAAAGUGCUUUCCAGCCCCAACCUGUGGACAGACAUGACCCUCACCCUGCACUGACCGGAGGCUCCGGGCGCAGCGGGGUUUCAGGUGCUGGGGUCUGAUGGUCGGCUGUGGGGCUGGGCGUAUGGGCACGGGGC